CGUAAAAGUACCGAGACCGUGCUGCGCAGUUUUCAGCAAUUUCAUGGCGCCGAUUAAUUUCUCACCAUUACGCAGCAUUACGCCCCCAGCUGACCCUGAGGCCUGACACCCUCCAGCCAUGCAUUUUAAUCUGCUGGCACUAGGUUACUACGCUCUCCUUGGCCUGCGGAGUGCCAAAGCUCAAGUCACGGUCUACGAUAGCAGUGGCACCUCCACCUCCUCUGCUGCUGCGGCCACCUCAACACUCGCAGCCUAUGAUGAUACUGUAUUGGAUCCGCCCUCAGUACCAAAUCCUGCACCUUCAACAGCCUUCACAUUAACGAUACCCGCUGUGAAUACAUCAGUAACUGGGCUAUCGAUCGCUCAAUCGACUAACUCUUUCUAUGGCUUCUCAAUUGAAAUGUCAGUUCUCACGCAAGUCUGUAACACCCACCUUCAACCAAUCUUCUUGAACCUGAUGGCUCUCAUUGCGCAGAGGGGCGGCCGUGUACGAAUACGUGCAGGAGGUAACACACAAGAAUUCGCGACAUAUGAAGAAGAACUUCCGGAUGCCAACGGAAAAUGUAUCACCAAACAAUCAGCCAACUCGCAAAAUCCUACCGAAACACCUGCAGUCAUCUACAACAUGGAUAUGUUCUAUCUAUUCGCCAAUGUUUCUUCGUUGGUUGAUGUCGCUUGGUUCCUAGGUAUACCUUUUAACGAUACUUCGAACUGGAGAUUCGCCAUCGCUGAAUACGGUGAAAGUGUCCUAGGCGACAGGCUACUAGGACUUCAGGCUGCUAAUGAGCCGGACCUCUACGUUGACCACGGACAUCGAGAUGAGGGCUAUGAUGCAACAUCAUACUACGGUGAAAUCCAAGAACUGAUCAGUGCUAUGAGUACCAACGACGAUAUACCCACGAAGAACAACCUCGUGGUACCUAGCGUGGCCGGUGAUUGGGCGCCUGAACUUGUUUGGAAUACCGGCAUACUUGAUACAUGCAUUGACAGCCUUUCCGCUCUUGCAGUUGAACAUUACCCAAACAACAACUGCUACGCUAUGUACGGGACAGGUUCAUAUGUGGACCCGCAGACCACAUUUCCUGACUAUCUGAAUCACACUUCCGGUGUUUCUUUUGGCGCUGCUCUGUGGGCUCUCGACUAUGGUUUGCAGAUGGCUUAUAGCAACUUUACUGGGGCUAUGAUUCAUGUUGGUGGUCAGAACGUUUAUUAUAAUCUCUUGACAGCACCCCCUACAAAUGAAUCGACGUAUCACCAAUGGACGAUCGGCUCGAUCUUCUAUUCUGCGCUAGUGAUCGCCGAAGUGUUUGGCACGUCGGGAACCUCACAAAUCAUGGACCUAGGAGGAAAUGAUGGGAGUGUCUAUACUCCACAGUAUUCCAUCUAUGAGAACGGAAAUCUGGCCAAGGUCGCCUUAUUCAACUAUAUUACGGACGAAUCCGGCGCCAACGACUACACCGCGACGAUUACCAUUGACGGUGGGACGGUCCCUGAGCAAGUCUACGUCAAAUAUCUUUUAUCGGACUCAGUGUCAACGAAAAAUAACAUUACAUGGGCGGGUCAGACUCUAGGAACAAAAUACACUGUCGACGGUAUCCUCAAGAACGACCUAAACAUCGUCACCAUCACGUGCGACACCUCCGCCAACACUUGCAGCGUUCCCGUAAAUGCCCCCGGAUUCGCCCUCGUCUUCCUCACUGAAUCGGAAGUCUCCGAAGUCACUCCCGAGUCAGCUUCCACCUUCGCGACGACGGCAUAUACAAAGACCAUCAACACACAGACCAUCGAUCCUAGUGUCCUGGCUACUUCUAAUGGACACUCUGGUGAUACGUUUCCAGUUCUGGGGAGCACGAGUAAGAAGAGCCAGUCUGACGCUCUUGGGAUGAACGAUGUUUUGAAAGGUGGAUCAGUGCUCUCGUUGGCAGUUGCUUGGGGAGCAAUAGCUGUGUUAUUUAUCUGAUAAAUCAAUAUUUAUAAUGACAAGGACGACGUUUCCGUAUUUAAGGGACAUGCUGCUACUUUACGUUCGAUAUAUCUUGUAUUGGAAUUUACCGAUCAACACGCACUCUUUAUAAGUCGGGCUGUCUUCAAGGCCUUCCCCUGUUGUAAGCGCGACCUGUAUAGGCUCCAAUGAAUCGGGUCAACGCCUCCGAAGGUCCAAGGUUCUCGCUCAUACGAGGAAUCUGGAUGAAUAGUCCUCGAAUCUCUUUUCACAUCACUAUCAUUCGGAGGCGUUUGCAUUCAUACGCACUUUUGUCGGGGG